GUUCUCAAUACAAAGACCUUCUCCACUCAAGCGCCUCAUCAGAAGCUUACAAUUUUCUUGCCAAUCAAGCUUUCAAAACUUGCGAACCCACAAACUACAUCCCAAAAUGGCUUCUCUGCUGGGUCCACCAGAGCUCCGCAAACCAGCCCCACAGUCUCAGCCACAACCACAACAAGCCUCGGAGUCGAAGGCUGAUCCUUUUAUGGAUCUAAUGGUGGCCAAUUUCAACAAAGCAUCACUAGCCACAACGCCUCCCAUGGGCUUCACUGAGAAUGGUUCAGCAACCUUUCUCUCUUCAGGCAAUCCCUGUCUCGAUUUCUUCUUCCACGUGGUCCCAGAUACUCCACCUCACGAUUUGACCCAGCGACUUGUCGCUGCUUGGGCUCACCACCCCUUGACCACUAUCAAACUUAUCUGUAAUCUAAGAGGUGUACGUGGCACCGGCAAGUCCGACAAGGAAGGCUUCUACACGGCUGCGCUUUGGCUACACUCUCUCCACCCCAAGACCUUAGCUUGCAACGUGGCGUCAUUUGCAGAUUUCGGGUAUUUUAAGGAUCUCCCUGAGAUAAUCUACCGACUUUUAGAGGGUCCAGAUGUGAGGAGAAUACAAAAAGCCGAGUGGAUGCAGAGGAAGGGAAGCGGAAGAAGAAAGUCUCACAGAAAAUUUGGCUACAGAGUCAAUCGCAGAGGAUCGCAGAAACGGAAAAACAAAAAAUCGUCGAUUCCAGAACAUAUACGUAUCAAGAACGCAGAGGAAAGAAACCAACUUGAGAAAGAAAAAGCAAGCAAAACAAGAAAGGAAAAACGAUACAGAAUGGCGAAGAAAGUCGUGGAGAGAUAUUCACACGAUGCCCAUUUUCGGUUCUUGUACGACCGCGUUUCAGAUCAUUUCGCCGAGUGUCUCAAAAACGACAUGAAGUUUUAUGAAGCCGGUGACUUUAGGAAGGUGAGCCUGGCGGCAAAAUGGUGCCCUUCUAUUGACAGUUCGUUUGAUCGAUCGACAUUGAUUUGCGAGAGUAUAGCAAGAAAAGUUUUUCCCAGAGAAUCUUAUCCUGAAUACGAAGGAAUCGAAGAGGCUCAUUACGCUUACAGGGUUCGUGACCGAUUGAGAAAACAAGUGUUAGUGCGACUGAGGAAGGUUCUUGAAUUGCCAGAAGUUUACAUAGGAGCAAAUAGAUGGGACUUGAUACCGUACAAUAGAGUAGCCUCUGUAGCCAUGAAGUUUUAUAAAGACAAGUUCUUGAAGCAUGAUAAAGAACGAUUUAGCAAAUACUUAGAAGAAGUGAAAUCUGGGAAGUCGAAAAUUGCAGCGGGUGCAUUGCUUCCACAUGAGAUCAUAGCGUCUUUGGACGAUCCUGACGGUGGACAAGUAGCAGAGCUCCAAUGGAAGAGAAUUGUUGAUGAUAUUUUGAAGAAGGGCAAGUUGAGGAACUGUCUAGCAGUAUGCGACGUCUCAGGUAGCAUGACAGGAACACCAAUGGAGGUCUCAGUGGCAUUAGGUGUUCUGGUUUCUGAGCUAAGUGAAAAGCCGUGGAAUGGGAAAUUAAUCACUUUCAGUGAAAACCCAGAGCUUCAAAUGGUGGAAGGAGUUGAUCUAAAAUCCAAAACAGAAUUCGUGAGGAUGAUGGACUGGGGACGAAAUACUGAUUUCCAGAAAGUUUUUGAUUUGAUAUUACAAGUGGCUGUGAAUGGGAAGUUAAAACCAGAACAGAUGAUAAAAAGACUGUUCGUGUUCAGUGACAUGGAAUUCGAUCAAGCUGGGAUGAAUCCUUGGGAAACAGAUUAUCAGAUUAUUGAAAGAAAAUACAAAGAGAAGGGAUACGGGUCAGUGGUGCCGGAGAUAGUGUUCUGGAAUUUAAGACACUCUAGAGCAACACCAGUGCCUGGAACACAGAAAGGGGUAGCGCUUGUGAGUGGGUUCUCGAAAAAUUUGCUCACAUUGUUCCUUGACAAUGGUGGAGCCAUCGAUCCAGAGCUUGCAAUGGAAGCUGCCAUCUCUGGGAAAGAGUAUCAGAAACUAGUUGUCGUGGACUAAUUAAUAUGAAUAUAAAACAACUUGUAAUGAUGCUUGAUGAUGAAAAUUUGAACAACAAUUAACAAAGAUGCUGGUUUAUUUUUCUCUAAUAA